AUGGCUCCUGAUAUUGAAAAGGCUCCUGAUAUUAAGAUGAGUCCUGAUAUUAAGGUGACUCCUGAUAUUAAGAUGAGUCCUGAUAUUAAGGUGACUCCUGAUAUUAAGGUGACUCCUGAUAUUAAGGUGUUUUCCGAUAUUAAGGUGAGUCCUGAUAUUAAGGUGGCUCCUGAUAUUAAGGUGUUUUCUGAUAUUAAGGUGGCUCCUGAUAUCAAGGUGGCUUCUGAUAUUAAGGUGAGUCCUGAUAUUAAGGUGUUUUCUGAUAUUAAGGUGGCUCCUGAUAUUAAGGUGGCUCCUGAUAUUAAGGUGAGUCCUGAUAUUAAGGUGACUUCUGAUAUUAAGGUGGCUCCUGAUAUUAAGCCCUCUGUCAAUGCCGACCAUACAAAUACUGCUGUCGACUCGGAAGACAAAUAA